GCCAUUGUUCUCCUUUUAAAAUCAACUCUGUUCUGACAAUUAAAAAAGUGGCAUAUGUGUUUCUGUUCCAUUCACACGCAGCGCUGCCCCAGAAAUCUCGCUAACAUUUUUUCGUACUAUGACGGAGAACUCUGGUUUCUAUUUCCUGAAAUUUUGUGAUUAACUACGAGAAAACGGACAUAUUCUCAUUAAAUUGUUGGGAAAACUUUGUAAAACCAUAUAAGCUAUCUCCUAUGCUAUGGAAUCUCUCAAUAGAAAAUAAUCCUUGGUCGAAAAGUGGGAAUCUACUUCCAUAUAGAAUUGGAAACAAGCAAAGCAAGUUACUGUCUGUCGUGCUGCGCUGCCAAGCGCGCCAGUUGUAAAUUGGCCUCGCCGUGUAUUGUAUAAAAAUAUUGUCGAAUAGAAGAGCCACACAGAAAUGGUUUGAGGAGAACUUUUUCUCUGUGGUAUUCACGUUGAGGUAUUGACUUCAAUAACUAAAAAAAGUGUUUUGGCUACAGAUUUGGACAAAUUUUACAAAUUCUUGCUACAGAAGUCUACAUCGUGAAUGUAUGAUCGAAUGGAAAGCAGUUACUCGCGAAUGCCUCCCACACAUCCAACAAGUAAUGGUGCGGUUAGUGCUGGCGAACAGCAGACGUGUGGAGGAACAAACACCCAAAAGAUUCCGCGAAACUUUAAGCUACUUUCGGACCCAGCCUUAACAAAGGGUGUUAUUAAACUCUAUCGGUUCGAUGGAAUCGUUCCUAAUGACCCGACAUAUCCUCCGGUUAUGCCGAGGGAUCCUCGAAACCCGGUAGUUCGUCUGAGAGCUAGACCCGUAGAACCUAUGGUUUUGGCAGUUCCAAGGUUAAAGAUAGAUGAAAAUUAUGUCGGUAAUCCUCCACCGAUCGAAGUGACCAUUACUAAUCUCAAUGACAACAUUGAUAAACAGUUCUUAUCCCGAAUGUUAGAAAAAUGCGGUCCGUACGAUGAUAUUACCAUCUAUCAUCAUCCUACAACCAACAAGCAUCUUGGAGUGGCUCGUAUAGUCUUUGAAAACGUAAAGGCAUCACGAUUGUGCGUUGAGAAAUACGACCAGAAAUCUGUGAUGGGAAAGAUUAUCAGCGUGUUUCACGAUCCGUUUGGCAGUAUCUGUAAACAAACUAUCGAUGAUUUGACGUCAACAAAACCGAAAGCUCCGCCACCUUCAAUAAAUACAGAAGCACAAGUUGCUGAUGUUGCUACAGCGUCUCUUACAAGUGGAUACAUUGACCACCACCAUCAAGAAUAUAUUCCACAUGACGGUUUCGAAGUUGGUUAUAAACAUUCAUAUCGUUCUGAACGUGAUUAUGAGCGUUAUCGUGAUCGAUACGACGAUGACAGAUCUUAUCGAGAUAAGCGUGGACAGAGAGGUGAUAGCAGGGACAAAUAUACCAUAGGCAGAUAUGAAAAAGAUCGCCCACAGCACCAUCAUCAUUACACUAGCAAAAGGGAUCGAUCUAGGGAGCACAGUCGUGAUCGAAUCAGUGGAGGAAGGCGAGACAGGGAUCGAGACAAAGAGAAAUGCAGGGAUUACGAAAUGUCGAGGGAGCGUGAUAGAGAUCGAAGAGAUCGUGAACGGGAUUAUCGUGAUAGAGACCACCGAGAUCGGUCAGAUGAGAGAGACCGUACGGAUAAAAUGCGAGGAACUGAUAAAUAUGGCAGCUCAAGGUACGUACGGGACUAUGGAGAAUCCACUUCUGCUUCCAGUUCACAUUAUGCCUCAUCUAGUGGUGUUAUAUACUAUCCUCUACAAACCAACACAAUUCCACCCUCUUCCUCCCAUUUAAUGGCUAACUCCAUUCCUACAACAUAUGAUUAUCAUGCAUAUAGUUACAAUGCAGAUAGUCAAACUUCUGCUCAUAUUUGGCAUGGUGGUGGUGUUCGGACGUGGCCAACUUUACCAAGUCAACAACCUCCGCCACACCAAACUCAGCCUCCCCUGCCACCGCCUCCGCCAGAUGCCACCCCCGAUUGGGAUGAACCGGAACCACCACCUCCAGGGGGGUACUCUAGUAACGAUGAGAACAAUAGUCAAACUGAUCAGAAGCAACGAAUCAAAAAGGUUUCUUCAUCUGAAAAGAAGCUAUUAGGGACUGAAAGCAAAUUGGAUCCAGUAACAGAUUCGGGUACAGUUGAUUUGGAUACGCGGAUUGCACUUAUGUUCAAAGGAAAGUCAUUUGGUAAUGCACCCCCCUUUCUACAGAUGGAUAGCAGCGAUUCUGAAGCUGAAAAGGCUGGAUUGGAGACGAAAAUUGAUGUAGACGAAGGGGAAGUGAAUUCCGACUCAAAUGGUAAAGUAUUGAAAAGUCAGUCGAACAUAAUGCAAAUCAAGGAUGAUAAAUCGGCAAACACAUCCAAAAAAUUGAGAGUCAUCCAACAAGGAGCCAGUGAUAUAUCGUCAAGCGAUGACGAAAUACUACUUAAUAAAUGUUCGUACAGCCCUAUAGAGACGACACUUAAGAAAAAAGAAGUAGAUGGAAUGUCGCUCUCAAGUUUGUCCUCAAACGAUGAUCCAAGAAACGUUCAUGUAAAGGACAAUCAUAGUUUAAUAGUUUCCACAGGAAGUGGUACAACCGCUGCUGUUCCAUCAGUUUCGUAUGUAUACGCGUCAACUGCUUCAACGAAUCCGUACUACUAUCCAGGAAACGGUUAUGCACCAUAUUCUUCAACAGAUGUCGCCCCACCGGCAGCACAAUAUUUUCCUAACCCUGCGUACAUACAAUCGUCAUAUUUACCUGGUAUCGGACCAGCCUUAUCUGCAUUCGGUACUGCGUCAGGUGCUUAUAGCGAUGCGUAUGGCGAUGCCUAUAAAUCAUUUUAUCGUUCUGAUGGCUACACGAACUAUGUUGGAGCACAUACAGCGGUAUAUGAAGAAGAUCCCUAUAAGCGACACAUAGAAGAAGUGGUCAAAAAAGUAAGCGAUGAACUCAAACAAAUUUUAAAAAGAGAUUUCAAUAAGAAGAUGAUUGAAAAUACAGCGUUUAAAAAUUUUGAAACUUGGUGGGACGAACAAAUUCAGAAGAAUCGAAGAUAUAAAAGCGAAGUAGAAAAACUGACUGAAAAACCUUCCCUAGUCACUAGCCUUGCGUCAACAAGCAUACCCACUACAACGCGAAUAGAUAAACCACCUGACAUCAAUCAGUUGAUAAAUAGCCAUCGGGACAUAUCUGACUUCAGUUCAAAUUACCCUGCAUUAGGCUUACGUGCUGCGAUUCCUAAACUGCCGUCCUUUCGACGAAUACGCAAACAAAAUAGUCCAAAAUCCCAGAAAACAGAUGAGGAGAAACGUUUGAGUGAUCAAGAAGAAAUGGUGCAAGGCUCAGAUUCAGAAAAAGAGGAUUCCAACCUUAGCUCUGGAACUUUGCAACAGAUUGUAAGUCGAGUAAAGGAAACAAAAAGUCGCCAUGACUCUGCGAUCAAGAGCAAAUCAAAUGUUUCCCGUACUAAGCGAAAGGGAAGUUCGUCCAGUUUCUUUUCAAGUUCAUCGUCAAGCGAAGGAGAUAAUGACGACGAAGACGAUGACGAUCAGGAUGGAAGUUCAGGUGAUGGCGACGACAGCGCAAGUGAUGAUGAUUUAAGUUCAAUAUCGGAUAUAAAUGAUAAGGAAACUAAGCGAGAUAAAGAAAAAACAAACAAGUUAGCUGUUGUAAAAAGCGCGAUAUACUCGGACACUGAGGAUGAAGAUAAAGAUAGCCGGGUGGAAAAAAUUACCAAGGAAGAUUCUAAAGCUUUGGUUUCAGAUUUGGAAGAUAUUAGCAAAGACACCUCAUUUAGUAUAGGAGAAGAUCUGCAAGAAACUAUGGUAGACCAAAGGGGUAAUGUUGAAGAUUCCAAGCAGAAAUCCUUAGAAAAAGUUGUCGAUGCCGUUUCUGAAGAGAAAGAAAUCUUAAAAGAUAAGAAAAAUGCGCAGUUGGAACAUCAAAUAACUCAACAACGAAAGAAAUCAGUUUUUGAAUACGAUCGUAUUUAUAGCGAUUCGGACGAGGAACGUGAAUAUCAAGAGAAACGACGACGUAAUACCGAAUACAUGGCGCAAAUUGAACGAGAGUUCCUAGAGGAACAACAACGUAAAAUGGUCGAAGAGGAACAAAACAAAGAAAUAAGAGAUUCAAUUCAACCAUCGACUAGGGGUAUAGAGAUAAAUCGGUCUUAUUCUGCAGCAUCCAGAAAGUCGUUAGACAUGUCUGACACACUCGAUUUUAAUAAAGUUCCCCCCACCCCUGGAGGAAAGUUAGUCGUAGAGCCUAUAUUUAGCAACACAUCGUCCAACAAAAAUAAACCUACGUUCAAAAAUAAAAAAGAAAAGACUUUUACAAGUAAUAAAGUAAACGACUCAAAGGCCAGAAAGGAUACUGCGAUGAAAGCAACUGACUCCCAAAGCACAACAACUGCUGUAAUUUCUAAAAGAAAUGACGAUAUUUGUGCAAAUUCAAAUGUAGAAGUAGAUUUGCAAGCCAAGAUGGUCACGUCAAGCGAUUCUAAUGGUUAUUCGACUGAAAAUAACACAAAAACAAGUCAAGUAGAGCCAGUUGCAAUGUGCGUAAAUGCUACGGAAGAAACACUAGAAGAGAUUCAUCUAAAAGAUACAUUGUUGCCAUCGAAAUGUUCUAACCAACUUGACGAGGAUAAUGAAACAGUAAAAAUGUCUCCUGCUUCCUCCGACGGAGGUUCCAGCCAAGCUAGUCAGGCUAGUCAGGUGGCGCUGGAGCAUUGCUACUCAUUACCCCCACAAGCGGAUAUCCCAAAACCAAAGAUUUCGUCGACAGUCGAAACUGCUCGAAAGACACAGCAAUAUUUGGCACACGAUCAUGGAGGUUACACAACGCCCCCUGCUGCAUCAUCUUGCAUGUUGAGCGAAGUUUCUUCACCACAAAUUGCCACCCAAGCAUGUUCUAUAGCGAAACCUGGCCCAGGAAGACCACGAAAGGAUGCUAUUCGAAGCAAGAAGAAAGAUGAUCGGGCACUUAAUAAAACUGAGCAAAACCUGGAGAAGACGGACAUGGUUUUUAAAAACAGCUUUGACAAAGCAUUGGCGGUCUUUGAGCCUCGAGAAAUGUUCAAACCUCGCGAAACCGCUGAAGAAAUGAUGGUGUUGUAUGAAUUUUUGACUAGAGGCAUAGAUUCGGAGGAUAUACAGUACAUCCGGCGUUGUUAUGAAAUUCAUCUCCAAGAAGACACGUAUGGUUUUUUGCUAAACAACACUCACUGGGUAGACCAUUGUGUUACGGACAGAUCGUUUGUUCCUCCGCCGAAUAAAAAGCGCAAAAAAGAUGAUGAGCUAAAAGUUCAUAAGACUGGUUGUGCCAGAACCGAAGGUUUCUACAAACUGGAUGUUCGUGAUAAAGCCAAACACAAAUAUCACCAUGCCAAGGCUAAUGUAGAAAAUGCACAGACCUGGGAUAGAACUGAUGACCAACAAGCAACCCAACACAAUAAGCAAGUAUCGAAAAUGCAGGGCAUUUCUCGAGAAGCGCGAUCUAAUCAACGACGUUUGCUUACUGCAUUUGGUUCAAUUGGCGAGUCCGAAUUGCUGAAAUUUAAUCAGCUGAAGUUCCGCAAAAAACAGCUUAAAUUUGCUAAAUCGGCUAUACAUGACUGGGGCCUGUUCGCUAUGGAACCGAUUGCUGCUGAUGAAAUGGUAAUCGAAUACGUUGGACAAAUGAUUCGGCCUAUUGUGGCUGACUUACGUGAAACCAAAUAUGAAGCCAUUGGCAUAGGGAGUUCGUAUUUGUUCCGCAUAGACAUGGAGACUAUCAUCGACGCUACGAAGUGUGGUAACCUAGCUCGUUUCAUUAACCACAGCUGCAAUCCGAAUUGUUACGCAAAAGUCAUCACAAUUGAAUCCGAAAAGAAAAUUGUAAUAUAUUCCAAACAACCGAUAGGAAUAAAUGAGGAAAUAACAUAUGAUUACAAGUUUCCUUUAGAGGAUGAGAAAAUACCCUGUCUGUGUGGUGCGCAAGGUUGCAGAGGAACCCUUAAUUAAGUUUCUAUUAAUUUUGUAAUUUGCUUCUAUUCUAUUCUAUUGCCUUUUAAAACUUGAAUAGUGUAUGUUUCCCAAAUCUGGUUUUAAUUAGACUUUAAAGUAAAGUGACAUGAAACACUCCCACUUAAAACUUUUAUACAGUUUAAAAUGUAGAUAACGAUUUUUAAAUCAUUGUUAUGUUGGCGAAAUUACAAUAUGUUACAUAUAGGACAUACAUAUUUCAAUCAUACACAUAUAUGCCAAUAGAAUAUUCGUACAUUAUAUUCAUAUCCACACCACUGUCAUUUGCAUUUUGGUGAUAUUUAGAAGAAUUACCUUUUCAUAAAUGUUAGUUAUUGUACAUAUUUUAAGCUGAGCUUUUCUUUUAUGUAUACAUAAUUUACAUUUCACCUAAGUUAAAAAUUUGAAAUAUUCGGAAGGCUUUUUUACUAUAUACGGUUGCAUUAUGACUAGUUAUGUAAUUUUAGGAUGUAUUUAUCAAUAAAUGAGAGCAUAAAGAUGUAAUUAUUAAUUUAGAAAUUAGAUUGAAACAAUUAAAAUAUAUCAACAGUAAAUGAAAGAAACACUCUACUACCCAGAUAUAUGUAUGAUGUUGUAAAUGUGAAAGGCUUUACAGGAUAUGUUUUCAUUUUUAAUUUUAAAGUAUAUAAUGAUUAUUAAGAUAGAAGAAACAACAUUUCAAUAUACAUACUUUCUAAAAACAAACACUUGACUGUUACAUGUUGUUCAAUAAUUAUUAAAUUAAUAAAUGCCAAAAAGUGUGCUACUA